GGUCUUUUUAACUGUAUGAUGAGGCUGUCUACAACGAAAGAAAAAAUGAAAUGGAAAGGAGUACUGUUUGUUUUCGGUAUUCUAAUCGAGUUAUCAGAGGAGAGACGGGAAAUAAACGAUCUGAUGAUGUCAAAAGAGGAUCCUAACCCCUUGUACUUUUGGCAACUUAGAUCAUCAAAACACGACCUGUCGUAUCUCAGUCAACAUAGUUACGCCGUGUUGUACAACGUUACUGCUCCUCAGCUCUCCACGAUUACAGCAGGAACCGAGGUGCUGGAUUUUACCCCCACCAGCAAUAAGUAUGUCAAAAUAUCAUCAAUUCAAGAUUAUGCUGCCGCAGGCUUUGUUAAUGCAAUGACUAUCGCGGUUUAUAUAUAUUUUACUAGUAUAACACAAAACACGCCGUUAAUACAGGUGUUUGACGCUGCAGGACAAUUGACCAUAGAUAUUCGACUUACAGGCACUAUUCUAAGUGUUGACUAUGUAGAUAGUAAUGGCAUGUGGUACAAUGGAGAAGUAACUAAACUUAAGCCUGAAGAGUGGUUUCUUGUCGGAUUUACGUUUAAUAUGAAAUGGAUUAAUGACGACCAGGCUGACUUAUACAUUGUAGACGAUAGAGGCAGCACAACUGCUACUGAAAUAGGGAUGGGUAAAGAGAUAGUUACAUUGCCAGCAUUUGAAUCGAUUGUGAUCGGUGGAGAUGGAAGUACGAAUUUCCAGGGUGAGAUGAACUGUGUACAGUUUUAUGAUAUUGCAAUCAUAGGGCCAACCAGAGACGGUAGUCAAGAACUAUGUGACCAGACAACAGUUACCUCAGACUUUGGUGAUUUUUCAAUAGAUUCAUUUAACUUACCAAUUAUAACCACCGAAGGACCAACAACAACAGAAGCAAUAACUACAGAAGAAACUAGUACCGCCGCAGAAACAACAUCAGAAACAUUAACUACAGAAGCAGCAAUAACCGUCGCUCAAACAACAGAAGCCACCAACAUCGUGACAGAAACAACACCGGAAGCAAUUAUUACAGAUGCAGCAAAUACCGUCGCUAAAACAACAGAAGCCGCAAAUACCGUCGCUGAAACAUCAGAAGCCGCAAAUAUCGUUGCAGAAACAACAUCAGAAACAAUCACUACAGACGCAGCAAGUACUAUUGCAGAAACAACAUCUUUUAUACCACACAGAGGACACACUCCAGUCACAGAAAGUUGUUCGUAUCUACGAAAACAAGGGAAUGAUGUCAGUUUAUUAUAUCCACUUGAAACUAUAAUUGUGACGUCACUAGAAAGGUGUGUAUCAGCUUGCAUGCGGGAUGUUAGAUGCAGUGUCGUCAGUACUACGACAAAUCUGAAUGGUGAAAUCACGUGUAGAAUCAGUGACAUAUCGGAUACCACAUUUAUGCCUUAUUCUGUUGUUUAUCUGGUAGAGUGA